AUGUCGACAUUCCCAAUACUCAACGAUUUACCCGCAUUACGGACGUUUUUAAAGGCUCAAAGCACUGAUGACAUUUGCUACAAGAUCAUGUCAAGUCUCAUGCUGAAACUACGUCAUUUACCGGCUUUUAACGAUGAAAACAAGACAGAAUCAGUACUUUUAGACGACAUUCACGACUUUCUCGAUACAAUUCUAUUGGCUCAUGCAAACAAUGUACUGAUUCAAGAGAAUGUCAACCACAUGGCUACAAAUCAACAGAAUGAUGGUCUUUUGUGUCCCGUGACACGAAAUGCCUUUUUUGCUCAUUUCAAGCCCCAGAGCAGCGCUCAAGUGCUUUGUGGCUAUUUAUUUCAACGAAAUGACAUUGUUUUCAACUGCAAAACGUGUCAAUCAGAUGAGACGUGUGUCUUGUGCUUGAAAUGCUUUCAAAAUGGCAAUCAUGAAGGUCAUGAUGUCUUUUUUCAUCGGACAAGUCCUGGUGGAGUCUGUGACUGUGGAGACAGUGAAGCUUGGAAACCAGAAGGUUUUUGUGUCGAUCAUGGACAGAGAGAAGGAGAUGCAGCUACAGCAAUGAACAGUGAAAGUGCAGGAUUGUUACCUACAGAGAUUGUACAAGUAGCAGACACAUUAUUUACAGCUAUUGUCGAUUUUUGUGUCGAAAUGGCCAAGAAAUCCAUGCAGGUUUUUGAUGCAGAAUGUGUGGAUGCACAAGGACGCCAGACGCUCCAUGAGUUACGAUUAGAACGUAAUUAUAGUUUGGAGGAUGCACAGGUGGUGGAACGACAAUUCCAUGUGAGAAUCUGCAAUGACGACGUGCAUUCAGACGAAGACUUAAUUCGAUCUUUAUCACAGAAAAGAAUUUCUAAAGCGGAAGAUCUUGUGCGCGCGAUUGACUCGAAUGGAUCGGAGAUUGUAGCUCGGAAUUUGACGCUGCGUGAUGCGCUGAUGCUCAUGCAGGCACUUAAAAGUGAAGGUUGGCACGUGUGUGUGGUGCAAGACAGGUUUAUUCACGACGAAGAUGUGUUGUUGCGAGUUACGCAAUGGGUGAAAACGAUCUGCUCACUUUCCAAGCAGCUGCAUGUGCUGUUCUGUGACAAGUUGUUUGCGACAAACGGCACAAGUAAAGUGCCGAUUCAGAUCAUGUUCCUUUCCGACCCGUACUUUCGCAAGGAUAUUGUCUUGGAGUUGUACGAGUUGUAUCUGAAGCUGCAGGGAGACAAAGGUCCAAAGCUGCAGUUUUCGAUUGUUUUUCUGAAAGUGUAUAACCGUAUGAUGGUCAAAUAUUUUUGUGGUGUCGGUACGCGCAAAGAAUCACUUUUUCAGUACGGCGUGCAGAUUUUGACAACGCCCUCUAUCGUGCAUCACUUGGCAAGCAUGGGUUUAUUGGAUAUGCUUUUGGAUACUAUUAACACGGCCCUUGAGAUGGCACGUGCCCCGACAUUACCGCCGCAUCAGCACCAGGGUCUUUGUCACACGCUUGACUGCGAUCACCCACUACUCAAAUUCAAACGGUAUCACUUUGUGAUUGAAAAUUUUGGUUACGUAUUGGGCAUCCCGGCGAUUUCAAGCACCUUACUUCUUCGCUCUGAUUUGUUAGAAAAGUGGCUCAAUGCUCUUGCACAAAUUCAGGGCCUGGAUCCUCAAGUGCGGAUACAGGAUGGCCGUGCCCACGUGACGUACGAAACCCAAUCGUGGCUCACGGCUUUUGCUUUUCACGCCAACGUAAGUAAAAUCCUUACGUUCAUUUCGAAAGGCCUUCGCUAUCACGAAGCUGCAGAUACGGAAACGCUCAACCAAGAUCGCGAACACAUGGUAUUUAAUAUGUUGGAAGGGUUCUGGGGCCAGCUAGAUGGGACCGGUAUGGGUAUAACUCAGUUGCAACUGUACGUACCGCCUUGUGGCAAGCUAAUGGGAUCACCAUAUUCCGAGAAAAUCGUCAAAUAUGAUGUGUUGACACAACCAGUGUCUUUCCACAACCCACUUCACGGUCUGUUGAGCAGCUUUUUAAUCGAGAGUCUCUACCAUGGUCCGCCCCCAUCUCCUGGAAAUGCGGUUCCAUGGGUCACAAACUGGGGCACACUACUGGAACGCUCUAUGUCUAAGGUGCUGCGAACAGAGGAAGAAGAGCAAGAGGAUGCUGCUGAAGACAAGAAAACAAUGCUGAUAUAUGGAAUGCUGGAGUAUCCGCUGCGCUCUCUGGUGCUCUGUGCACAUAUCAGCUGUGGGCUCUGGAUCCGCAAUGGACAGAACAUGCAACGCCAAAUGCUUAACUACACCAGCCCACCGUGGUGCAGUGAGUUGCGAGAUUUAGACCUCUUUCUUGUACAAGUGAGCGCGACUAUCGUGGGCUUUCCCAAGUUUCUGACGAUUUUUUUCGAUCGUUUUGGCCUGUCUGAAUGGCUUCUCGUGUGGGCUAAUGUACGCACUGCUAAUAAUGAGAGUUCCGGUAUUUCCGCUCGUGGGACACCCUCGAGUGGUUCGGAAGACGAAAAGCAUGUUUGUGUUUUGGAGGCUGCUCUAUUGCAGCUUAUCUGGAUUUGUACCGAGCUCACGCCUCCGUUGGAUGCAAUCGAAGAACGAGACACGGUGCUUCGUCGCGAGAUUAUUCAUCGACUAAGCCAACACCCUUGCCGAUUAUCAGAAUUGCUCGACCAAACCACGUUUGUUGUUUCGACACCGUUUGGUGGAAUUUCAACUCGCCAAGAAAAGCAGCACCUAACUCGAUUAGAGCGGAUUUUGGAUGAAGUGGCUGACGAGCAGGUUAAACGUUCUGUCAUGGUGGCUCCUCUUGGUGAUGGAGGCUGCGACGAAGAUAGCGUGGGAGACGGAGCAAUGGAACCUACCAAGUACAUUCUGAAGAAGACGUAUUAUAAGGAAUAUGAUCCAUCCUUCUAUCACUUAAGUCGUUCUUGCCACGAGAAAGCACAAUUUGCGCGACAGGAGGCUUUGUUCAAGACGUGGAAAGUUGAGGAUCCACCGAUUCCGUUGGUAGCCCAAGUUCCACCCCCUCAUUUGUCAUUAGGCACGGUACGAUUCCUUGUGCUGGAAAAGGGGCUGCUAGGCGUUUUGCGACUCAUUCUAGAGGACGCACAUUGUCAUGCUAUUGGCCACUGUGAAGGCAUGAGUUGUACCCCUGACGUCAAGAGAACCAAUGUUAUGGUGGUGUUGCGUGCCAUUCAUCUGAUUAAUUUGGUAGUGCUUGUACUGAAACGGAAGGCUAGCAGUGCCGCUCUACCGCAGCAAAAUGAAGCUGUUUUAUCUGACAGUAAGAGGCGGCAGGCGCUAGCAUUUUUGUGCAGCGGCCCAGAUACAUUUGAAGAAGCCGAUAAUACUUCACGUGGCAAAAAGCGUGUAAAGCGGCAGUCGAUAUCACGAAAUGAUGGAGAUGUCGAAAUGAAUAGUGAUAGCGAUCAAAGCGACCUGGGCGAGGUAAAGGAUCUGAGCAUUGUUGCAUUGCUUGUGGCUCUCUCUAAGGAUCUGGUGAAGCACGAUUUUGAGACCUCGAAAUCAACGAUCUCGGCUGUCUAUUGGAUAUUAAAUGAGUUGGCUGCGCUAGACCGCGUCAUAUAUGCCUAUGUUAAGCUCAAGGUUUGGAGCGGAAUGAAAAAGCAUGAAGAACAAGUAACUGAGAAUGGAAUGUCCAAGGCUCAGCUCAAGAAACUUCACCAACAGCGUGCAAUUGCAGCGAUGAUGGCACGCCAGAGGGCGUUUGCGCAGUCAAGCGCUUUCGCUGAUUUGGAUGAUGAGGAUCAGGAUGAUGAUAAAUCAGGGGAAUCUGGAUCGAGUGGGAAGUCUGGUAUUGAUGCGGACGAUCCCAAUCACGAUAUGCCUGGGCAUAAAAUUGUGUAUCGGCCACCAUCACCGCCAGACUGCAUUAUCUGCUCUCAGAAAGAGAGAGAUGAACCAAUCAUGUACAUUGGUCACGCACAAUUGAGUAAGGUCAAUGCGCACGCACAGGAGAAUCUUCCUGGCGACGUGGAGACUGCUUUGAGUGACGAAAACUACCAGUGUGGUGUCAAUAAGUCCACAGCAUCUCCUGCCCUGGUUUUCCCGCCGCAAAUUCAUUUAUCGCUAUGUGGUCAUGCCGUGCACUUGCGCUGUUGGCAGAAGUACUUUGAGUCGGUAAAGGCACAGUCUCGAUUUAAUCACGAACACAGCCAGACAAACAUCGCAUUUGAUGCCAAUUUUGGUGAAUUUCUCUGUCCUCUCUGUCAAGCGCUCAGUUCCAUGCUCGUGCCGUGCCUUCCAGUUUGCUCGCCUAUGACGUUAGCAGAACAGCAGCGUGACCGUGGCGCUAUGGAGCGAGUAUUUCAAUCCAAGCAAGAUACAUCCAUCAUUCUGUCAUGGCUGUCAGAGGGGCUACCAAGUCAAUUAGAGACCCUUGCCCCUGAAGACGAAAGUAUGAGUGACGAUGAAGAUGAAAGGACCCGAAUGCGGCAGCAGGACGACAUUCGUGCUAUGAAUCAAUUCGCUUUAUCGUUUCUGGAAACGAUGCUACGCUUUCAACCGGAAAUGACGCACUUAGCAACUGCAAUGAGUGCUCUUAAGAAAGGUUUCUUUUCAACGGGACCGCAGCUGACACACUUGAUUUGGUCUUCUGUAGCAUCGACAAUAACAAGCACUCAAGUAAGCGGCAUAUCUUCCGCCAUUUACUCGCUCAAAAUGCAUGCAUCUUCGUCAAAGAACGGACACAAGGGGACCAGUUGGCGAUCAAAUUCCGCUACUCGAACUAGUGAUGCAAAAGCUACGUCUUCAUUUUCUUCGUUGCGAAUCACGAACAUCCUGAAUCCAGCUAUGCCAAGUCUGAAAACACGAUUAGCAGUGUCAUUGCCCGAAGCGCUUGACCCGCAGCUAGAUCAGUGUACACCUAAGGAUGACAGCAAGCUAAAUGUCUUGCUUCGCUCGCUGCGCCGCGUGCCGUUGCUAUUCACUAAGCGUCGUCAUGGAUUUUACACAAGCAUGUGCGUUCCUAUCGCGCAGAACCUGCGGCUUGCACUUUCACCGCAACAGUGGUCACAGGUGCUACCACAAGGGCCGCCUCUGCAGUUAGGCUUGCCUAUUUUGUGUCAGGAUUUGUUCUACCUCAGUGUAGCAAUUUGCAGCAGCAUGUUGACGACAAAGGCCGAUAUCUUGCUCACCAUUCGGUCUCUCUGCGUCUUGCACAUGGCCCAAACGCUCAUCCAGAUAGCACAACUGGAAGCUGAAGACGAGGACAACUGCCUUGAAGAAGAACAGAAUGAAGCAGAACAUAGAGUUGCUACCGUAACCAUCGGCUCAUCCCCAGAGCAGCAGAAUGAAAUGCAACGGGGGCUGGAGUCGCUUAUGGUACGUCUUGCACAAGAAGCUGGCGUGAAUUUCGCUGGAAAAGAACAAGGCGAGGAAGGAGGUAAUACAGCAGACCUUCCUCACCGACGCCCCGCUCCACGCGGACGACAGCUCCAGCUUCUUUUCAAGUCAUCGUGCUUGGCAUUUAUGCGGCAGGUGACACUUCUGUGCCGUGCUUUUUUUCGAGGCGAGCAUGACCCUGAUGCAUCGUGGAGCGCCAACUUUGUGAGCUCUCUGCGGCUCAGUACAAAUUACCACGACAUGUGCCAGCAAAUAGGCUUGCCUGGAAUUACUCAAUUGUUGGCGGAUGAGGCACUCGUGGAAUAUCUCGCGCGAGCUGCGCGUGAGCUUCGUAUUCGCCCUACUAGUGCUGCACUUCCCAAAGAAUUGCUGCUUCGCUACAAGCAACACGGCCACGCCGGUCCCAUUAUCGUGGAACUUUUGAAACUCAUUUCAAAUGAGGAGAAUGAAGUCUUUUCUGAACGGGGCACACUCAUUGUCCGGAGCAAUUUACAGGAAAUACCAAAACUACCGCUACGCCUGGAGCCAGAUGCACAACAAGGCCGAACUUUGUGUCAUUUUGCAAAUGUUCAGCUUGUAAAGUUAGCUCAUUCUUACACGGACCUGCACUCCGAGGUGCUGGGCAAAAGCAAGUGCAAGCAGACGUGGAAGACCGUGGAGAAUCCAGCCAUCUGCCUUGUAUGUGAGCAAGUUUUGUGUGCUGGAACAGAGUGCUGUCGACGUCGGAGUGACGGAAUGGGUGCCUGCACACAUCACGCCAUCACUUGUGGCGCUGGUGUUGGGCUUUUCUUUCUCAUGCGGUCGUCGUCAGUGCUGUUAGUCUUUGGUCCACGGAGCUCGUACUUCGGCUCACCUUAUCUCGACAUGUUUGGUGAAGAAGACAUCAAUGUGCGCCGUGGUCGGCCGUUGUACUUGAACAUUAAGCGCAUGAAGGCACUCCAGGCGCUGUAUGCCAAUCAUCAGCUGGCGAACGAGGUCGCGCGCAAUCGGCGCACGUCUGAUCAGUACAUUCGCAAUAACUACUACUGA